AUGACGAGGAAGAAGCUAAACCUAGCUUACAUCACCAAUGAUUCAAUGAGGAAAGCAACAUUCAAUAAGAGGAAGAGAGGGUUCGUUAAAAAAAUCCACGAGCUCUCCGUUCUCUGCGGUAUCGAAGCAUGUGCAGUUAUCUACAGUCCGUUCAGCUCAGGCCCGGAGGUGUGGCCAUCGAACUCGGGAGUGAAGGAGGUAGUGGAGAAGUUCGUGAUGCUGCCAGAGAUAGAGCAAGAAAAGAAAAUGGUGGACCAUGAAGGUUUUCUCAGACAAAGCAUCAACAAAACCAUGGAGAAUAACGACAAGAAGACGAAAGAAAACAAGGAGAGGAUGAUGAAGGAGGUCAUGUUCGAGUUUCUUGGUGGGCAAGGUGACAUGCUUUCGCUGACUGAUAAAACUCGUGAGGAUUUGUGCAAGUACAUUGAUCAGUAUCUGAAGGAGCUCUAUCACCAUAGGAAUCAGACCCUGACUCAGUCGCAGCUUGAGUAUGGAGAAUCUUCUUCAGCUGCUGAUGUCAUGGCACCAGCAGCUAUAGCUGAAGUGGGCCCCUCGGCUUUUCCAAAUCCAGAUGUUUUCAACCCUCCUCAGCUACUACCGAAUGAGUUAUGGGCUUUGAGGCCCAUUAUCCCUUCAGACCCGAAACCAGAGCCGGGUAUGACUUUUGGAGAUAAUUUUCUGCCUGCCGCAAAUGACCAACAAGUUUACUAUCAAAUGAUGAAUCCGGUAGGUGUUUGCGAUCACCAGCUAAACUUACAUCUUAAUGACAACCAGUACCAGAAUCAGUUUGGAUAUCCAAAUGUGAGUCAAGAUGGAAUUUACAAUCCGAAUCAGCAGCAGGAAGCGUGGUUGGUUAAUCAGAUGAUGAACAAUCCUGAGCAGAUGUGUCUCCCUAUGAUAGAGGACAACAACCGUUACUACCUCCAGCAACCCUAA